CCUCCUCCCCUCAGCCCGGUACCCAGGCCCGGAGACCCUCCCACGUGGGCAGUCUGGGGCCAACGAGCACCGGCCCAUGCACGCAUCCGGGGAGGCCCAGCGCUUAGGACCAGGGGAUGAGCACGGCGGGACUCUAAUUCCGAGGCGGCUCAGGCUCCAGACUUUGCUUCCUCCCAUUCCCGCCAACACUGCUGGCUACAUUGUUGCAGCGUCCCCGACGCCAGCCCCAGCGGAUACACGACGUUCCCUCUAGGCAUCCAUGUCUGGGCACCGAUACACCACGUUCCAUUCCCCUCCCCCCCAGCCCCGCGGCCACCUGCAGCAGCCCCCACCUACCCUGCCCUCCACGUGGCCCCGGGGCAGUCCUGGAAGUUGGGGCGGAGCGACGUGAGGAGGCAGGCUUGACGGGAGGCUGGGCCGCGGGGGCGGAGUUUAGUUCCCUCGAAGUCCACGGGCUGGGGCCGGAGGGGGUAGCCCACCCUCCUGGCACCCCACUUGUCCCUGAGCUCCUAGACCGUCGGGGUUGGGCGGGGGGUGGGCAGCGGUGUCCGUGCCUUCCAAGGGCUGCUGGGGAACGUUCUGGCCCAGUCCCAGUUCAGAAAGGGUGACCAGCCAGGUGCCAGGUACGAUGCUGUACAAAUUGGUGGUGAUGGGCAGCUGUAAAGUGGGCAAGAGUGCCCUGACCAUCCAGCUGGUCAAGAACUGCUUUGUCCCCGACUACGACCCCACCAUCGAAGACUCCUACCACACCCAGCUGGUGGUGGACGGGGAGCCCUGCCAGCUGGACAUCGUGGACACCACCGGCAGCGAGGAGUACCAGUCCCACCGGCAGGAGUUCAUGCGGCGAGGGCAGGGCUUCCUCUGCGUCUAUGCCGUGGACGACAUCAAGUCCUUUGUAGACGUGAACAUCUUCUUGGACCAGCUGCGCAGGAUCAGAGACACCGACCGCGUUCCCCUGGUCCUGGUGGCCAACAAGACCGACAAGGCCGACUGCCUGGUGACCCGGGAGCUGGGCCAGGAGGCAGCCAGAAGCUUCAGGGUGCCCUUUGUGGAGACCUCGGCCAAGACCCGGCCCAGCGUGGAGCGCGCCUUUGGGGAGCUGGUGCGGGAGAUCCGCCGCUUCAGCGUCCAGGAGCUCAGGCACCGCCGGGAUGCUGAGCAUGACCGGGGCUGCGGCUUCACACCUUGCCACAUCAUGUGAGCUCUCGGGAAUCUCCCAGGAGCCCCCGGCCGGGUCUCUUCGGCAUUUCUCCACCCAGACUUUUUGGACUUUUGUUUCCCUUUGAGAAGGGUGAAGAUGCCUCCCCGCCCUCCAGGGCAGUCUCCUGCCCCGGCCGGGAAGGGUGGCCUUUUCUUUCUUAGACUCCCUUUCCCCGAAAACCAUGCCCCCCCCCCAGACCCUGGCACUAGGGAUUCCCCUCCUGCCCCUGCCUCGGCGGCCCGGAGGACCUUGUCUUGGGGGAUGGCGAGGAUCCCCACUUGGAAGUAGCUCCCAUUUGGCCCCCCAAGCUCAGAGGCGCUCCUUCUAAGAACUGUCCCUUAGGAUGGAGCUAUUUCCUGGCCAGAGAAAGCCUGGGCCAGCAGCCGCCUGCACCUUUCCCUCCAGACCCAGUAAGUGACAGGGGCUUGCUGGCUCCUCUGAGUGCCCCUGUGGGGGGUCUCUUGGGGGCCGCUGGGCCCCCUCCUGUUUCAGGUGACCAAAGCUGCCUGCUUUGGGGGGAAUGAAUGCAUCCCAAAAGCACUCCUCCUCUGAUUCCAAGGCCACUGUCUGUCUUGUUCU